AUGGCCACCCUUUGCUGGUCCGUGGACGUCAAGGGCGGCGAAGCCGUGAGGUCUUGCGUGCUGGACGGCCGCCGCGGCGCCGUCACCAGCGUCUCCCUCGUCGGCCCGCCCAGCGGCCGGAGCGUCGUCGUGGAAGCCUACGUCAAGACCGCCAGCGGGACCCUCGCGCUCGCAUCGCUGUCAUCCGAGGGGCCCCGCGUGGAGCUGCCGAGGUCGGUGCUGGUGAUGGAAAGCGAUUUCUUCUGCUCUCGCGUGAGGCGGCAUGGAGAUGGAGGCGAUCCCGCCGGUGACGAGGCGGUCGCCGUUCGCUUCGAGGGUCGCUUUAACGAUCACGUUCUUCCUCCGCCGCCGCUGUGCGAGGGGUUGGAGAACGAAGAUGACGAUGACGACAACAGCGAGCCCGAGGAUGAAUACUCGGUCGAUUCGGAAGACGAGGAAGAUGGCAGCAGCAGCGAGGAGGAGGAGGAUGAGGAGGAGAGCGACGGUGAGGUCGACGGACAAGCGGCCAGCGCCGACGAUGACGUGACGCUAGGCAUUCUACAGACGCUGCACCGUAGGAAGUUCGUCCCCGAGGGGCAACUCGUUGGAGGUUCGGCGCCGCGGUUCGCCUGCGCCGGGAGGACGCUCGGCUUCAUGCGAGUCGCCGCCGUGGAGAGCGAAGGAGGAGACGACAGCAAGCACAUCUUGGUGCUCUACCGCUACACCCGCUUCAGGGCAUCACCGGACGGCGUGGAACGGCGAGGGAGGACGACGGAGCACCAGCUCCGGUUCAUCGCCACCGGCGACCACACGGCGAGGUCGCUGGCGUGGGCCGGAUCGUCUCUGGGCCUGCUCAUAUACCCCGAUAUCUCGAGCAAGAAACUCGAGGAGAUCACCAAGCAGCUCCAGGAGCUAUGGUCCAUCUUGGCGUCGCAGGUGAGCGUCCCGCCGGGAGCAAGGCGCGUCGAGGUGUUCGUGGACGUCGGCAUCCUCCGGCGGGCGGACUACACGCCGGCGAGCAUGGGGCACAUGUACGCCGCGCUGGAAAGCAUGGUGGCGGACCCGUGGCCCGGGCGCUUCAUCGGCAUGGAGUUGCCCUUGCCGGUGCCGGUACGGUGCGGCACGGAAGGCGAAUUAGCCGGCGAUGACGAUAGAGGCAGAAACGCAGACGAGCGGCCGGCAAAGCGGAGGAGGGUAGACGUCGCUGGGGAGGAUUGCCCUGUCUGCUUGCAGCUGCUGGAGGGCGACGACCUCGCCGCGUGGCCCGGGUGCCGCGGCAAGCCGCACGUCUUCCAUGGCGCGUGCCUGGAGGGCGUCCUCCAGAACAGGGACAUCUGCCCUAUGUGUAGACACAAGCUGGACAUCAAACACAAGCUAGAGUGA